CUGCCAUGCUGUGCCGUCUGCCCUCCAGGCUGCCAGUCAAGAUGUGGGGCAGGACUUCGGAGAAACAGCCUGGGCAACAGAGUGAGACUCUGUCUGAAAAAAAGGAAAAAAAGAAAGGGAACAAGAAAACAGUGGAGAGUGGUCAUGGCAGACACAUGGACUCUGGUUAAUCCACACAUGGGCAAUAAGACUCUGCCAUCGUGGAGGGACAGCAGUCAGACUCCUCCCCCAAGUCUUAUCUGUAGACUUGACCACAUCGUGAUGACAGUAAAGAGCAUCAAAGACACUACCAUGUUUUAUUCCAAGAUCCUGGGCAUGGAGGUCACGACUUUUAAGGAAGACCGGAAAGCACUGUGUUUUGGAGACCAGAAAUUUAACCUCCACGAGGUGGGAAAGGAAUUUGAACCCAAAGCUGCUCACCCAGUUCCUGGCUCCCUGGACAUAUGUCUGAUCACAGAGGUGCCUGUGGAUGAAAUGAUCCAGCACCUCAAGACUUGUGGUGUCCCUAUUGAGGAGGGGCCAGUUCCCAGAACAGGGGCAAAAGGGCCUAUUAUGUCCAUCUACUUCCGAGACCCUGACAGAAAUCUGAUUGAGGUGUCCAACUACAUCUCCUCGUGAUGGAAGCUCGACCUCCUCCAUUUUGUCCCCCUCGAUAUCACCUUCUCCUUUCCUUCCUGCAAACCCCCACCCAGACCCAGAGGCCUCUGAGGACUGAGGACUUAGGCACUUCACACAUCCUGAUGAGGGGGGACCCAAGAUAGGUUUGAGAUCAGACCUCCAUAUCUGUAUGUCAUCCAAGCUGGCCUAAUAAAUGCAUAACCUCUCAACGAA